CAGCUAUCUUUCAGAACAAAUAAAAACAAAAAAAAAAUCUGAUUGUUUAUUUUACAUCUGCAUUGUUUCUGAUUCUUUCUUUUUGUUCUCAAGUCUUUGAUCAUAUAACUACAGGUGAUGAUGUUGUAACCAUACGAGCCUCUUAUGGUGAUUAUGUGAGUCUACCAUUUCUUGAAUCAAGAACAGACACAAAAGAGGAGGGUAAAUAAGAUUAUAUUUAGGUGUUCACAAAAUGGAAAAGAAAGUUACAAAGAGUAAAGCAAACAUACCAAACUCAAAUAACAAGUUGUCUAUGAUAAGAGUGUUGAGAGGUAUAACAUGUCUGAUGGUGUUGGUUUCAACAGCUUUUAUGAUGUUAAUCUUCUGGGGGUUCCUAUCAGGUGUAGUCCUGAGGCUUUUCAGCAUACACUAUAGCCGUAAAUCUGUUUCUUUCUUCUUUGGCUCAUGGCUCGCCUUGUGGCCUUUCCUCUUUGAGAAGAUAAACAGAACCAAAGUUGUCUUCUCUGGCGACAAAGUUCCUCGCGAGGAACGAGUUUUGCUCAUUGCGAAUCACCGAACAGAAGUGGAUUGGAUGUACUUUUGGGAUCUUGCACUGCGUAAAGGCCAGAUUGGUAAUAUCAAGUAUGUGCUUAAGAGCAGUUUGAUGAAGCUACCUCUGUUUGGCUGGGCGUUUCACCUCUUUGAGUUUAUCCCCGUUGAGCGGAGAUGGGAAGUCGAUGAAGCAAACUUGAGGAAGAUUGUUUCGAGUUUUAGAAAUCCAAGAGAUGCUUUGUGGCUUGCUCUUUUCCCUGAAGGCACAGAUUACACUGAGUCUAAAUGUGAGAGGAGCAAGAAGUUUGCAGCUGAACAUGGCUUACCAGUACUGAACAACGUCCUGCUUCCAAAGACAAAAGGUUUUAUCUCAUGCUUGCAAGAAUUGAGUUGCUCACUUGAUGCAGUUUAUGAUGUUACAAUUGGUUAUAAAAACCAUUGUCCGUCUUUCUUAGACAAUGUCUAUGGUAUUGAACCAUUAGAAGUUCACAUACACAUCCGUCGAAUCAACCAACCCCAAAUCCCAAAUCAAGAAAAGGAGAUCAAUGAUUGGUUAAUGAACACAUUCCAGCUCAAAGACCAGCUUCUCAAUGACUUCUACUCACAUGGCCAUUUCCCUAACGAAGGAACAGAAAAAGAGUUCAACACAUUGAAGUACCUCAUAAACUGCUUGGCAGUGAUUGUCUUCACAGCCAUCUGCGCAUAUCUCACCUUCUUCUCCUCGAUGAUCUGGUUCAAGAUCUAUGUCUCUUUGGUGUGUGCCUACUUGGCCUCUGCUACACAUUUCAAUCUUCGUUCUGUUCCACUUGUCGAGACUGCACAAAAGGCCUUCAAAUUAAUAAACAAAUAAACAUUAAAUGUUUUCUAUAUACUAUUAUAUUUUGACGUUAAGACUCAAUACAAUCUCUACUUAUGAAAUGUGACCACAAGCUGCAAUAAAUGAUGGAC